CGAAGAUAGUCAAAUACGGUUUGGUUAAUCUCUAGUCGAUCGCAAUGGAAGCGAGAACCGGCCGGUCUGUUCAAGAGCAUCCAUCGACACCGGCGCCGGCUCCUCCGCCUUCAACGCGGCGGCCAAGAGUGAGAGAAGUCAGCUCGAGAUUCAUGUCUCCGGUUUCUUCUUCUUCCUCCUCCGGCGGAGAUCUCCAUUCAAAUUCUCCGAGGCAUCUUAACCACAAUCACCAACAGCACCAGAAGUCUAGACGGCAGUUAAAAUUAUCAGACGGAGGUGAGAACCGAUCUUCCGAGACUGCGCGUAGCCUACACUCGCCUUUUCCUCUUCAACAAAAACGAUCAAAGCCGUUGAAAGAGAACCGUCUCGACACUCCGACGACGAUGCUACCUCCUCCGUCCAGAUCUCGAUUGAACCAACAGCGUUUGCUUACCUCCUCAGCGGCGGCUAGGCUUCUCCGGUUAUCUGUCUCCACGGACGGUGAAGAAGACUACGACAGAGAGAAAUCCAACGGCUCAGAUCACGCAAAGCUCUUCAACACUCCCGCCUCCUCACCUCUUCGCCGAUCCUUGAGUUCAUCUUGCCAUGACGUUAGAGCUUCACUGUCGCUUAAAGGUUCGUCAUUGCCUCCCGUGGCACCUAACUCGAAGAGUCAAGCCGGUACAAAGAGACAGAAGAAAGCUUUAGGACAACAAGUGGAUGCACACUGUCUGAAACUGCUUCAUAACCGCUACUUACAGUGGAGAUUCGCAAAUGCAAGUGCUCAGGUCAAAACACAAUCUCAGAAAGCUCAAGCCGAGAUGAUGUUUUACUCGCUCGGUUUGAAAAUGUCAGAGCUCUCCGACUCUGUACAGAAGAAACGCUUAGAAUUGCAAAGAUUAUUAAGAGCGAAAGUUGUGAAGGAGAUUGUGGAGUCUCAAAUUCCUUAUUUAGAACAAUGGGAAACUCUUCUUGAAGAAGAAUACUUAACUUCAGUAUCGGAAACAUCUGAAGCUUUAUUGAAUGCUUCGUUGCGGCUCCCUCUUGAUGCUGAUAUCAAAGUUGAGACUAAAGAGUUAGCUGAAACACUCGAUGUUGCCUCCAAGUCUAUGGAAGGCAUUGUGCAAAACAUUGGAAACUUUCUGCUGAAGACACAAGAGAUGGAGCCGUUGAUGUCCGAACUAGCUAGAGUAAGCAGCAAUGCAAAAGCAUCAGCAGAAGACUGUGGAGUUGGAUUGCUUAAGUCACAUUCAUCACAUAUCGAAGAAUGCUAUCUUAGAAGUCAGCUUAUUCAGCAGAAGUAUGAACUCCAAGGGAGUAAACAUUUUGUUUGAUGAUCUCUACACAGAAGGUUACCUUUACCAUACGGUCAAGCACACACACAAGCAUUGAAGCUCAAGUAUUCUUGCGGGAAAUAAUAAAAUUUCGAACAAUAAGGCUUUGUAUAAUGUGUAUAAAAAUAUAUGUUACUGUUAGUAAAUAUAUUUUCUUCUUUCAGAUUGUUAGUAUAUAGUCUUGGAGGAGAAA